AUGGCAACCUACAGUACUAUUACAGUAAUUAUCCAGGUUAUCAAUUGUCCACCACUGACGGAAAGCGACAUUCAAUUGGAUCUAUGGUCUUCACUGAGAAUGCCUACAGGAAUCGGUUGCACUACGGUAUUUGGAGCUGAAGAGGCAGCUUUAGCUGCAGCAAAGAUUCUGGCUUUACACGAUUACAUGAUCUAUGGAAGAAUACUCUGUCAACAACUAAGCAACUUUAACAAAAUCAUUAACGCAGAACGAACCAUAGAGAAAGAAACAGAAAGAAAUGGAGAAAAACGUCAGAAUGGAAUUCAUUGA